AACGGUUUUUUAAAUUGGUAACCGGCGGCUGUGUUCGAACUUCGAUCGGAUUCGGGCGCAUUUUCUUUUUGGCAAGAUUCCUUCGGGCGCGCGUUACAUAAAACGAACGGCGCAUACGCAGUGCAGUAAAAGUUUAAAAAUAGAUUUUCACAUGUGUGCAGUGUAAACAGUGAAACAAAAUGGCUCAAGUCGAGCCUAUGGACGUGGAUAGCUUAGCGAGUGACUUCGAUGACAAAGAGAACUCUUUACAGAACAGUAAUGUGUUAAAAUCCCCCAGUACAGAGAAAGGGUAUGAAGAACUUGAUGCGACAGAGUACAGCAUCAAACUGAGGUACUCAAUCACACCCACCAACUCGCCAAUGUCGAUGAGUUACACCGCCAGAAGCGAUUCAGGUCCUAACAGUUUGAAUAGCAACGUUGAUAAUUUGACCCGGUCGUUGAACUCAACAAUAACAAAGACUGAUGUACUAAAGACACCAAAGUUGCCUCUUCAAGCUUUGUCUACCAGUCUGUACACAAACGACAAAUCAUGUGAUAAAGAAGGUGACAUUACUGUGACAAUCAGUGGAACCAAUAAUGAUGACAACCUGUCACUACCCAGUACAUCGUCCUCAGCUGUUCAAACUCCGGAAGCAACAACACCAACUAAAGAGAUUCCUAAAGAAGAGGGGUCUCCAAUAAUGAGAGGCCUAAAAAGUGUUUUUAAUAUGUUCAGGUCAUCACACAGCCCAAUACCACCAUCAGAUGAGGAUAUGAACCAUAAAAAUGUAUUCAAUGAAACUUUGGAAAAUAAUGAGGAACUAUCAAUUUCAAAACUCCCUGACUGUACUCCAACAAAAGAUGGUCAACUAAACAGUGUAUUAGCCUCUACACCAAUUUCAAACAGCUUAAUUAAAGAGUCACGAGAUAAAUCAAAAAGGAGCAGUCCAUUAAAAGAUAGUGUUGUUUUUAAUGAUGAUUUAGAAAGGCAAUUACAAUGGCAAGAUGAAACAGAAGUAUUUUUCAAAAAUGAAAAAAUACCUAUACACUUGUUAUUUCCAGCAGGUCAAUCUAAUGUUGAUGCAAAUUUAAAAUUAUCUGUGCAGAAUAAUAAUAUUAAUAAUUUGAACACAACAGUGGAGUAUAUGGAAGUUUCUAAUGCUGAUGUCUCUGAUAAAUCAGUUAAUGAAAAUAAAAUAAAGAAUGACUUUGAGAACAAAACUGCUAAUAAUGAGAUGAGUGUUGUAGAAUCUGACAAUGAGUUUUUAGACUGUGAAACAACUUAUACACAGAAUAGAUCCUACAUCUUAGAAACAGUACAGGAGUGCAGUAAACCUACUCCUGUAGUUUUUAGAACUGAUAAUAUACCACAUGAAACAUGUCUUGAAGAUUACAUUGAACCAAUCAAGCUUAACAAUAAAGAAAUAACUCAAUCACCAUUACCAUUUGAGGAGUUAAACAAAACUUUACCUGUUGAAUUAGAAAUAGACAGCUUACCAUCUGAAGAUGCCCUUUCAAGUGCCCUUGAUAGUCUGCCUGGAAGCUCUACAAUUGAGCCAACUAGUGAUUCUCUUCCACCUUUGGCUGACAGCAAUAGCAAUUUAUGCAAGGAAGAUAGAACUAAUGAUACAGUUUCUCAGUUGAACAUAAAGGAAAUUAACAACAUUGAUGAUAUUAAUAAUGGUAAUAUAAUUAAAAGUGCAUCUGCAAAUAAUAUAUUACUAGAAUCAGAGAAAGUAAAUGAAACUAUGCCGGAAGUCAUUGAAAUAAAUUUUGAUAAUGAUGAUAAAUCUACCGCUAUCACUAAAAAAAGUCAACCGCAAAUACAACAGUCUGUAGAUGUUAACAAAACGUUACAAAUUAAUAUGAACAACUAUGAUAUUGAUCUCGAAUUUGAAAAUAAAUCGCCAAAUGACUAUAAAGAUGAACUGUUUUCUGAUAUUGAAACAAAUUCAAACAAUCUACCUAUCAAUGAUAUGAUUAUGAAAGCAAAUGAAAAUUUCGAUACUGAUGAUGGUAAUACGACUCGGUUGUUAUUUAAUAUAGAUUCUAUUUUGUUACAUCAAGUUAAUUCCAAUUGUGAUACAGAUUUUAUUUCAAAUUAUACUGAAAACACAACAGAAUAUUUACAUUCAAAUGUUUUAGAUACUAGUGAAAACCAUUCCAUAAGUGAAACGAAAGGAUUUGAUGAUACUGUUGUUAUUGCAGUAAAUGAAGCAAUAGAUAACAUGACAAAGUCAACUAAAAUUAUUGAGUCAGUAAACAGAGAAGUAGCUGAUAAAAAUGUUAGUCCAGCUAUUAAUAAUACUGUAAAUACUACAAAUAUUAAUGAAAUUUUAGUUACUGAAGACCAGUUAUCACAAAAUAUAGUUGUUAACAAUAACUCGGAUUUUGAAAGUAAUUUGCACGAGAAUUUUGAUAGUACAAUAUCCUUUGAUAUAAAACAUAAAAUAUCUGAAAAUGUUUGUUCUUUAGAUGUAAAUACUGUAGAAGAUGUUAAAACUGUUGAAAUAAAUCCAUUAAGUUUAUUGAAUAAUUGUAAUAGUUUAUGUAAUGAAUAUUCUCAAGAUAUAACUAUGGACAGCUUAGAACCUAAUGUAAAUAUAAUUAAUGACCAGUCGCCUUUUGAAAUAAAUAAAACAGACAUCAAUGCUGAGAUAGAUAAUAAUUAUUGUUGUGCAAGUGAAACUAAGGAAGAUUUACAUACUGUUCCUCUUCCUUUAGAUAUUCCGCUUCCAUGUGACGACAAUAAUGUAAAAGAGGAACAUUAUGAGUCUUUGAACUGUACAGAAGCUGCAGAACAAACGAUAAUUUUGGACUCACCCCAAAUACAACACGAAUUCGUGCCAAAUAUUUCAUUCAAUGAAGAACAAGACAAAAUGCAAAUGCAAUGUGAUAUUGACAUAAUUGAUAAAUGUAGUACUAUCAUUCCAGAAAUGUGUGACCCAUUAUCAACUAAUCUAACAACAUCUUCAAAAGAGUUAAAUAUGAAUACUGAAUCAAAACAAAUAAACGAUAAAUUAAACACAAUUACUAAUUCCGAAAAUAAUACUCAGUGUGACUUAAAUGUUGAUAUUAGACCAAAAGCAUCAUCACUCCCAGAUGUUGUAAAUAUUAUAAACAAUGCUGAGGGAACUGAUCUAUUCACUACACAUCAAAUUAAAACUGAUAUUGUUACUGACACCCUUUGUUUUGAAGAUAAUGUCACAUCUAAUGUUAUUGAUGAAGAAAUCGUGCUCUCUGCAAAUAAUAGUCCAUAUGUAUCAGUAACAGAAUUAAAUUUGAAUUUAACUUCUAAUGUAGUAAUCGAAGAAAAUAAUUCUCCUCCCAUUUCUCCAAAAUGUACCAGUAAAGGAUAUAACAUCAACUUCGAUGAUAUCGAAGAUCCAUUUGCUACUAAGACAAAUAUAAGAAUGUCUCCCACCCUUGAAGAUGGAUUAUCGAAACCAUUUACACCAGUAAAAAUCAAACAGAUGAAUGAAACAAAUCUCCAGAGAAAACAGCAAAGUAAACAGCCUGAGCGAAACAAAUCAGAUUUUAAUAAAAAGCGUUUUAAUAAAUCUAUAGAUAGAAUGAAGAUUAUUAACAACAGUAAGACUAAGAGUAAUAUUGAAAAGGUACAUGGAGAUCAAAUUAAGGAAGGUCAAAUGGAAAAUGUCCAGGAUAAAAAUAGCACAUCUAUUAAAAAUGACAUACUUUGUUGUGAUAAUAUUGAAGAGUCACAAAAUAAAUCAGAAGUCAACAAAUGUAAUGAAACCAUUACUUUUACUGUAGAAAAUGUGAUUGAUGACAACCAAAAAUCAAGGAACGUUUUUAAUAUUCCAGAAAUAGAUGAUAUAAAAUUUAAUCCUUUUGCGACUAAAACAAGAAUUUGUAUAACGCCACCACCUGCUUUAGAACUUAAAGACCCUUCAAUUACUCAUAAUGAUAUUGAAAUGACAACAGAAUACAAAACCAAGGACCAAGUAAAUACUACUGUAUGUAUUGAAGAUGGUACUAAAAAUGAAUUCAAGAUUUCGUCGAACACUAUCAACACUACUUCAUCAUCAAUAAAUACUGAUAAAGAUGCGACUGUUCGAGAAGUUAAUACGGAAGAUGAAGAUACUGUGGAAGGACCAUUUUUCGAAGCUGAGGAAUCGAUUGAUCCAGACAAAGUUCCAGACAUACUUGAAAUUGAAAAAGAUUCAACGCAAUUUGAAGACUUACCUGUUACUAUACACACUGAUGAUAUAGAAGAAAAGGGUGAACUCUUCAUUGAUGCUGAAGCGUUCGAAUUUUUACUUAAUCAAAAUAAAAGCAAUGUUGUAGCAGACAGUGGCAAAGAAAGUCUUUUUCUUAAAUUUGAUCCACUAUUCGCUAAAAGAGUAUCAUCUGAUGGCGUUCUUGCAGCUUUGAGUUCAAUCCAGAAAAGACAAAGUACACCAAAAAAAAUGACAAGAGCACCAAAUUUCCCACGAGAAGAAGCAACUGUUUCUACGGCGGGUCCUUCCAACAUGUCUUCUACACCUGACCAGAAUAAUAUCGAAAUAGCAGGCACUAUAUCUAAACCAAUGAUGGUAGUAAAUCCUGCCAUAGCUAAGCAACCAGUUGCAACUCCAAGAAUAUCUCUCACUCCUAAAACGAAUAGGCAAUCCUUGAAUUUUACAUCACCCGCUAUGGUUGUCAUUGAUAGGCUUCUAUCUCUGAGUGGUAAUACAUCAUUGCUUGAUGAUAACAUAUCUACUGAUGCUGCGAAUGUAAAUCAUGAUGCUAAUGUUGUCCUUGUUCAAAUGAGAGAACUUUUAGCUGAGAAAGAAUUAUAUGUUCAUAGUUUAAAAUCUGAAAGUAAAGAAUUAAAGGACAGAUUAAAUACAUUACAGACACAAGUAAAAAGUUUGGAAAACGAAGGUGAGGAAAGACGAAAGAAAGUUAACGACCUAAAUGAGAGGUUAUCCGAGAAGACAAAAAUCAACAAAAGUAUGGCUGUUGUAGUAGAGGAAUACGAAAGAACGAUAGCUAGUUUGAUCGCUGAAAUGGAGCAAGAAAAGAAGAGAAAUGCGGAGGAGAGAAUAAAGCUAAUCAAUGAGAGAGAUGAACAAACUGUCCAUCUUACCAGUAUGGAGUGUUCCUUCAGUGAUUUACACAGUAAAUAUGAAAAAUGUAAGCAAAUUGUAGUGAGCAUGAAAGCAAACGAAGAAGCUUACAAGAAAUCAUUCAAAGAAUUCGACGAGAACUACCUCAAAAUGCAAAAGAACUAUGAUCUAUUAAAGCAGCACGCAACAUCAAAACUGAACCAUGCUAAUCAAGAAUUGGAAAAAAUGAAUAAAUCACAUGAGGCUGAAGUUCUGAAAAUGUCUGCUAUGAUAAAACGCAAAGAAUUACAUAUCACAUCACUAGAAGAAUCUCUUGCACAGAAAAAUAAGGCUAUUGAAGAAUUAACCGCGAUUUGUGACGAACUUAUCAAUAAAGUUGGAUGAAAUAAAUUGUGGGCAAAUAUUGGGAUAUCAAUUAAUACAUAACCUUGUGCACUUAUCAAUUGAUAAAUUGCAUUAAGUUUGAAGGCCUAAUACCAAAUCUCCAAAAAUCCAAAAUGAAUAUCCCAAACAGCAACAAAGAAAACAUAUUAGCAUUGAUCUCCUAUUAAAAUGUAACAAUCAGCGACCAUAAAAUGUCCCCACUAAAUGAGUGCCAAACACAACUUCUUGGCACUCAAUUCAAGUAGUCGCAUUUGCAAAUUCAACCUUAAACUCAAUUCUUAAUUUGGUUUGAAUUUGGAAUUUGCUCUGAAUUUGGGAUUUUAUUGAAUAUUGAACUAUAUUUAAAGGCCUUUAGGUAUAACUUUCUUUACCAACUAUUGGCCAGUUUUUAAGUCAAAUUUUCUACAUGAUUGUGCGUCCUUUUUUAUUAUUACAAGAGGUCAAUGGCUGCUGGUCAUUAUACAACUAUGACUUUCAUUACUUUUUAAAACUUUUUUUUGAAUAUUAAGAACUUAUUACAUUACAUUGACCAUUUAAAAUGACCUAAAAAGUUUUCACUGUGACAAUAAUUACUAAUAUUUCUCUUUUUAUUUACAAAAUGCAUUAUGCUGGACAUAAUACACAUUUUAUGACUAAGAUAUGUAAUGACUUAAAUAAAGUGUUUCCAUUUUAUUUUUAUUAUUCUAGCAUGAUACUUGCCAUUUUUUCACAAAACUGGAGAACAUAACACAUUAAUUAUAUAUUUUUUUAAGAAUAUCAUACAAAUAUGUUUAGUGUACAAUAUUUUAUUGGUUUUACUAGAAGCACGAACUUUAGAUCUGCCAUUUGUAAUUUUUUACUUGGUGCUUCAACUCAUAGACGCACUGUUUGUGUCUCUCAACCUUAGACCAUUAAAAAGAAAGGACCUGCCUCGUAAACCGUUACCCCUCUGUAAAAGAUCAAGAAUCAAUGAUCUAACGCGUAUAUAAAAACUGUUGCUACAGAAUCGAUGUUUCAUUGUUGUAAUCGUUUUCGUCGUGUAAAGAACUCCGUAAAAAUGCAGGUUUGUGUUAUCUAAGGUUUGUGUAGUGUCUAUGAAUUGCAAAAUGUGACCAUGAAUUAACUAAAAUUAUUGAUGAGCCAAAGGCCAGGUAAAAAUAGUCUACAUUGUAGUUUAGAUUAAGAAUUUUGUUUGCUAGAUGUUAAAAAGUUUUUGUAUCAUAUUUUUGGAUCUAUAUUAAAUUGUGUAUAUCAAAAACCAUAUUUUUAUAAAUAUUUAAAUUAAAAGUGAGUAUAAACCUAUUAUUUACUUUAAUUAUUAUUUUUACAAGUGUUAAGAUUUAAUAAUGGUCUAAGAUCAGGCAUUAGAAAUAUAUACCCUCAUCUCUUAAUCAUUAGUGAUAAUAAAUAAAUUAUAGAUAGUUUUCAUAGUGACACAUUGCAAAUAGGUCGCCUAGUUAAAUUGCGACCAGACACGUUUUUCAAACCAAAAUUUAGGAAACCAUGGACUAGAUUAAAGGCAACUUAAUACAGUUAAAUUAAGUAUAAAAUAAGCUUUAAUUUUACAUAUUAGGCGACUAAAUAAAUGACGAGGGUAUUUAUAUAACAUUAAUUAACUGUUUAUAUCUGGCAACCUCACAGUUGCACUGUGAAAGCAGGCAACCUUUACGUUUUCAAGUCGUUUGGGUAGAUUCCUUUAACUGGUGUACUAUUUUUAUUAAUUAAGCUAGGAGGAAAGUAGAUUAUAUACAUUUAAUAAAAAAAUAAUCAUUAAUUGCGCACGGGCUCAAUUUAACAAGGCAACCUAUUUGCAAUGUGUCAUUGUGAAUAUUUUAUAUCAACAGAUGAGGGUAGGUAUAUAUUCCUUAUGCCGGAUCUCUUACUAUAGUCUGGCAAGUUUGUUGAUGACAGUCCCAUGAUAUGCGGGCGACGGGGGGAAAGCUGCGCGGGUGUAAAAUUGUGCGAGCGGGGAUGUGAGGUGCAUCAGUCGUGGGUUUUUCAUUCAUCGCUACAAGCCCCCGGGCCCGCGCGGUCCAUCGGGUGUGUUACGAACGAAGUUGCUAAGCUGUAUAAGACUUUAAAAAAUAAUUAAACAUACAAUAAAAGUUACAUAUUUUGGUAAAAUGCAAAUUAUAGUGCAAAUACUAAAUAGGUCUAUAUUUUUGUGUUGUGUGAUUUAUCUAGUACCUACACCUACUUAUAGAGGGUCCAAUAUUACUUUCAAGUUUCAAACUUUUUCUGAAAUAUUUAGUGUGAGAUUAAUUUAGCAUACAUUACUUUAGUUUGUUUUAUUUUACUUUACUCAAAAUGUCGGACCUUAACUAAGUACUUACUUACAGUACCUACGAUAGAAAUCCCACUCGAUUCAAAUCAGAUAUGUGUUAGAAAUUUACACGUGUAUUUUAAUUCCUGUAUUGUUGUAAUAAAUAACUUGACUUAACAA